CCUGAUUCCUAGUAGACUCCACGGACAAAUACCGUCUGUGUCAGAUGCAAUAUACUAUUCGAACUCCCUGCUUUCGACCCAUCCUGCCACCGCCCAACCUCGCACACUCAUUUUAAAUCCCAUCAAUCGCAAUCAUGUCCACCGCGCCUGUGCGAAGAGUCGCUAGUGCAUUUCUCGCCCAGCUCGCUUAUUGCCUCAACCUGCGCGCCUCGAGAAUUUUUCUUGCCUGCUUUUUAGUUUGGCUUCUGCUGUUUCAGUAUGGCCGAGUCAAGUUCUGGCGUGAUCCCCACUCCGCUUUCUUCCAGGAAGACCAUGUGUAUGAUAUGGGUUACAGCCUCUACCGUGAGCGCGAGGCUUGGCAUUUUAUCUCACGGCACAAUUCGGACUCUAAGUCACCUGACUAUGUGAAGGGUGGUUCAACUCCUUCGGUUUGUGCAGCCAUUGUAACUGUUCGGCGGGACUUGGACCACUAUUUCGAAGCCUCUGUUGGGUCACUAUUGGAAGGAUUAGAUGAGAAAGAACGUCGAGCUUUGUAUCUCAGGGUUCUCUUUGCCGACACCGAUCCCAGAGUACAUCCCAGUUGGGGUCAGAGAUGGGUGGAUCGACUCGUGGAUUCAGCCGAAACCUAUAAUGUGUCGGAAGCAGAACUGGUGCAUUUGCAAUAUCUGGAGACAGAACGGAAUUUUUAUGAAAAAGGGGUCUUUGACUACAUAUACGCAUUGCAGUCUUGUCAAAAGAUCAAUGCUUCGUACAUCAUCAUCUUCGAGGACGAUAUUAUUCUUGCCACCGGAUGGUUCUCGAAGACUGUUAAGGCGCUGACGGACAUUGCCCGGCUGGAGGAAGCACAGCGACGGCGAGAACAUCAUCAGAGUUCUUGGAUCUACCUGCGCCUCUUCUACACGGAAACAGCAUUGAGCUGGAGUGACUCAGACUGGGCAUACAGACAUAUGCCACUCGUCUUUGGCGUCCUGAUGCUCUCCGCCUUUGCGGUUCUGGUCCUCCUUCGUCGACGCCCUGCUCACUACUUCCCGCAACUACGUCUUCGUCUCGAUUUCAUGAGCAUUAUGGUGAUCUCUGUGGUCUGUGUUCCCGCUUUCACUGCGCUCAUCUACAUGUUUGGGAAAUACAGCUUGAGCCCACUACACGGGGUUGUUGAAAUGAAUAAGUCGGGAUGUUGUACCCAGGGCUUGGUAUUCCCCAGCCAACAGGUGGACGGGCUGAUCGCAUUCUUGAGCGCCAGAGGACAUGGGCAAACGGACUCGCUCAUAGAAGAAUAUGCGGAUCAAACCCAACGUACCCGUUACGCGUUGGCUCCGCCCCAGCUUCAACACGUAGGAUUGAAGUCGAGCCGUGACAACCUCGAUAUCAAUACUCGUAGUACAUGGGCAUUUUGGUUCGAGACGAAUGAUCCUAAGGCACUGAAAAAGGAACAUACCGACUUGUUGGAGGAUAUAGAUGUUGAGAACAUGUUAAUGCAGGAGUAAAUCUUUCCAUGGAAAGAAAAGCGCUCUUUUACAAGGUCCACAGAAUUGUCGUUCAACAAGCCCUGCUCAUUGUUUAUUUUAUCAAAUUAUGAAAGGAGGCAAGAUGGCAGGGUGCU